UGGAGGUGGACUGUGUGGAGGUGUGGCCACAUCCUAAAGAAAUUCUUUCUGAUAAAAAAAGCAUGCUUCAUUCUCUCAUCUGUUCAAGUCUAAAGAGGAGCAUUUACAUCAAAGCUUCUUUAAAGAUUCCGAAAGAAGUCUCCACUUUAGCCACUUAAUUAGUCUUAAAGUGAAAUUCCCCCAUAUUUUGUUGCUCUGAGGAGAGCUUCCUUUUUUUGUUGCAAACGGCAUCAAAACAGACAAAAGAAUGACAAGAGCAGACUCUGUCCACAAGGCUAAAUUGGCUGAGCAAGCCGAGCGUUAUGAAGACAUGGUGUUUUUUAUGACGGAGGUGACCAAGGAAGGUAGCGAACUCUCUAAUGAGGAAAGGAACUUGCUUUCUGUCGCCUACAAGAAUGUGGUGGGCACACGCCGGAUGGCCUGGCGAGUCAUAUCCAAUAUUGAGAGCAAUCCUGAUGACAAGAAACCUGAGGUGGUCAAAGAAUACCGGGAGAAAGUGGAACAUGAACUUCGCAAUAUUUGCAACGAUGUACUGGAGCUGCUGAGUAAAUAUCUAAUAAAAUCCUCAAAUGACGAAAACACGGUCUUUUACCUGAAGAUGAAGGGAGACUAUUACCGAUACCUUGCUGAAGUGGCCCCUAAAGAUGAUCAAUCAGCAAAAAGUGACUCUCAAAAAGCCUACCAAGAGGCAUUUGACUUGAGCAGUAAAGAGAUGAAGCCAACACACCCCAUCCACCUGGGCCUCGCCCUGAACUUCUCUGUCUUCUACUACGAGAUUCUCCGCUCUCCAGGGGAGGCUUGCAAACUCGCUAAAGAGGUACUUGAAAAAGCCACAGCAGAGGUAGAUUCACUUAACGAAGAGUCUUUUAAAGACAGCACCAUCAUCAUAGAGCUGCUAAGAGACAACCUCUCAUUAUGGACAGCUGACAACCAAGAGUAAACUUAAGUACAGCAGAGCUGAAACUUCCAUGCUUUCAGAUUACAUGUCAGGGGGACAAACAACCUAAUAAUCAUUGCCAUCAUUUUACAAAUUUUUCACCUGUGUUGCUUAUUCAAACUAUGAGUUAUACCAUUGUUAGUCAAAGUUCAAAUGCAGAAGCAAAAAAAGAAAGCUUAAGAUUCUCAUGUUGGGAAAAAUUAAUAUUGCACAUUUAAACUCGUAGAUAGAGAGAAAUUAGUUUUGCCUACAGGUUACAUGUGCAUGUACUGUAGUUUAAUAUGGUUAUUUUUAUAAUGGAAUUUGCAUUUCCAUAAUGACCUUUGCUGUUAUCAUUUCUUAAUAGGGAAUUAAAAUUCAGAUUUUUUUUUAUCUUUAGCAUAUAGGGAAUAAAUAUAUCUUUUGUACUGAUGCAACUACUAAUGUCUUUUAGAAAAACUGUUUUAUCACAUACAUACAGUAACACAAACCAACAUGAAAACAACACCUAGUCAAACAUCUGAUUAUAAAUAAAAAGAUUUCAAAUAAAUCUGAGGAAAUAAGGCUUCGAGAUUUUCUACAAUCUAAAAAAAUUACAAAAGAUUUUACAACUGUAAUGUGGAGCUCUACAAGUAAUUUGUUGCCUACUAUCUGUGACAUGUUAUGUCUAGUGGAAAGCAUUAAUGACAAAUAGAAAACCUUGGCCAAACAUCGCAUUUUGGUAUUUUCUAGACACCAACAGGGACUAUCAGAAUGUCAUUAGACAUCCAAAAUGUUUAAUAGAAAUCAUAGUAAUGAUUUUAAUGACUAACAGCUGACAUUUUGUUAAAGAUAUUUCUUGUGGAAACCUGUGUUUUUCCAGCAGAGAUAACCAUAAUUAUAUGGCACUUAAAACACUAAUCCACCAAUCAAAACAUGUGAGUCUGUCAUUUUGCCUAAUAAAAAAAAACAUUAUUAUCUUAGCAUUAAGAUUGAAUGUGGGCAGAGUGAAGUGAUGUGCACAAAAACCAAGAAAAACAGCAAUUACAAUAUUGGAAUAAUCAAGAACAAAUGAAAAUGUAGAUUCAUUUAUUCCUUAUCUAAGUGCUGGAAUGUUCAACAGAAUUAAUUAACACAUUGUUUAAAUCAAUUUAAUUGAACCUAUUAUAUGUGCACAGCUAUUAAUUCUGCAUUAUAUCUGCAGUCCUAGAGCACUGAACAUGAAUUUAUAAACCUUUAACAAUUCUACAGUUUCGCUUGUGCCUUACAUUUUGCAUUGGUAUUUAAGCAACAAAAGGAAUGGACGUUUAAUAAAGUAUGCUACCACACACAUGUCCUUGUAAUAACAUGGCAAGAACAUCUGAAUAUUUUUCAUAGCCGGUUUGAAAAAUGUGAGUUUUGAACACAUAUUUUGCCAAUCAAAAGCUACAGUCAUAAUUGCCUUCUUGUCUGUUCAUGCUUUUUUCCUGUUAUGCCAGAUUAAACUGACAAAACUGAACUGGAAA